AUGACUGGCCACCACAGUUGGGGAUAUGGGCAGGAUGACGGACCUUCAGAGUGGCACAAAUCUUAUCCUAUUGCCCAAGGGAACCGCCAGUCACCUAUUGAUAUAGUUUCUGCAAGAGCAGUUUAUGAUCCUAAUCUGAAGCCACUUAUUAUUUCCUAUGAGUCAUGUACAUCUCUCAACAUCUCCAACAAUGGGCAUUCAGUUGUGGUUGAGUUUGAAGAUACUGAUGACAAGACAGCAAUUAGCGGUGGUCCCUUUGAGAAUCCAUUUCGGCUAAAGCAGUUUCACUUUCACUGGGGGACAAAGCACAGCCAGGGAUCAGAGCAUACAAUUGAUGGCAAGUCUUUUCCCUGUGAGCUCCACUUAGUUCACUGGAAUGCCAGAAAAUAUGCAACAUUUGGAGAAGCAGCAGCAGCUCCAGAUGGCUUGGCAGUAGUUGGUGUUUUCUUGGAGAUUGGGAAAGAACACGCCAAUAUGAACAGACUCACUGAUGCUUUGUACAUGGUAAAAUUUAAAGGAACAAAAGCUCAAUUUACAAGCUUCAACCCCACAUGUCUCCUGCCUUUGAGUCUAGAUUAUUGGACGUACCUUGGUUCUUUGACCACACCACCCCUAAAUGAGAGUGUAACAUGGAUAGUGCUUAAAGAACCCAUCAGAAUUUCUGAGAAACAGAUGGAGAAAUUCCGCAUGCUGCUCUUCACCAGUGAAGAAGACCAGAGGAUUCAAAUGGUCAAUAAUUUUCGCCCCCCCCAGCCUCUUAAAGGGAGAGUAGUUCGAGCAUCCUUCAAGGCCUGAAGAAAACAGAAAACCACCCUGAGAUAUCCAAGAGCUUCCAUAUUUGAGAUACUAUAAACAGAAACUCUGGUCUUCAGAUCACUCAUGGAACACACAAGAUGGCCAUUUCCCUGAAUACCCUGCUUGGAGGGGCACCAUCUUCUGAUUUUUAUAUUUAAUUUUAAUUGCUCAUUCUUUUGAGAAAUG